AUGGAGGAUGAUUACCAGCUGAUGCAGAGGUUCCUGGAGGGACAUUGGUUAAGUAUCAGGACACAGUGCAGAGGUGGUGUGUAUACGACGCGGGCGGGCUUAGUGGAGUUGGCGUCUUCGAUCGAGGCGGACCAGCGUCAAUUGGUUGGUCUGGUAGCCGUGCAGUCUGCAGUUGCUCCUACUAUCCAGCCUCAGAGUCAGCAGCUGCAGCAUCAACACAGAGGUGGCAGUUUCAGUUCGCGUUCUGGUUCUGGCAGGGGCGGUAGUACGGAGCACUGUAUGGCGAGCUGUCCUAGGAGGGAGGCAGUUCAGGAUGCCAGGGUGUGUUAUCAUCGUAUUGAGCCGGGACGUCUCAGGCCAAUGUGUCCCAAGUUGCAGAGCAUGGCGGUGGCGUCGAUUCAGCCGAUAGCGACUCAGCCAGUGGUUCAGAUUGCAGCGGUGCAGUCAGCGGGUCAGAGUGGAUCGGCACCGCGGGGUUAUUCUGGUGGAGACCGGCGGGACUAG